AUGGAGAACAACAUGUUUGAGGAGCUCCUUGAGAUGGCAAAUGAAAUUGUAGAAGGUGCUAAUAAUGAAGAGCAGAUAUCAGAAGAAAAAUCUUUAGAAAAAGGCAAAGCAAAUAUUUCAACUUUUCUGAGAAAUUUAUCACCAUUACACUAUGAAUUAUUAGUUCACGACAUGGCUGUUCCACUGUUUGGAACGCUUUUUGACUCCGAAACCGGUGCUUUGACGCCAUUUGGAGCAGUUUUCGCAGAAGAUUUUUCCAUCAUUAGUCAGGACGUUCCAGUCUAUAUGUCUUAUUUUUCUAAAUACUCGAGAGCUCCUAGCCUGAACCGUCUUGGUGAAGAAACAAUGACUCCUUUGUCAUUAUUCAAAUUUCUUCAAGCUAUAUUUGAAUCGCCAGGCACCCUAUUGCCUGCAUUACAAUCAGAACAGCCUGUUCUCUCCAGUUUUAUUGUCAUAGUUUUUUCUAACAUCCGAACAUUAGCUUCAAAAAUCACUUUUUUUGAUGUUUACAUGGAAAUUAAGUCGAUUAUUGAUAGUGUUGAGGCUGAAGAUAAGACUUUCAUUACAGAUAUUGUGGAAGAUGCCCUUGGAGAAGCUUCAUUGACUUCAUACAUCGGCAGAGGCACCAAAUACUUAUCCGAUGAAGUCAGAGCAUAUGUUAUAAAAGAGACAGGCGCAACCCAACAAAUUCUUGAUGAAUUACAAUCAAAAAUCGGACAUACAACAAAUUAUCUCAUGUUCAAUACAUAUUUGCAUCAACAGGCGAAUACAUACGAAUCUACAUGGACUAAAUCAUUUAGUUCCACAAAAGAAAUGUUCAAAGAUGCCGAACAAAACUUAAUAUCUUUAUCUCAAAAAGUUGGAGAGAUGAUAGCCAAAUCUCCGCCAACAGGGAACAUCCACUUCAGAAUCAAAGUCACCUGGGAUCAGAAAUUCCAAAAUACUCAAGUUAGCAACUCCGCUUUUGUCGAAUUUACAUAUCUCGGCUAUACAAUACGCGCUAGCUUGUCAUCAGGCUAUGCAGAGUUUGCACUACCAUUUUAUGACAAACCACAAGACAUUUCUGGAACAAUUUACUAUAUUUCGGAAAAAAGAAAAGAUACUCCAUUCCAAGUAGCAGAUGCUAAUGCUUAUAGAGUACUGUAUACAUUUCUAAUAUCAGGAGUAUCAAAAGAUUACACAAAAACAGAGAAAUUCAAAAAACAUGGAAAAUUAAUCAGUAUUUUAUGCGGAGAAGUGAAUAUUGGUGCAAUAAUCAUGAAGUCUGAUGGUGUUCCUAUCAACCAAUCUCAGAUUUCGGACGAUUCUGUCGAUCUUUACGUUUUAUUAGAUUAUAUGACUACGAAACUAGUAAUUGAUUGGACAAGAACGUCAGGAAGAAUGUCCUUAGUCCCUCCGCAAGACUUUUUCAUUGCUAUAAUCGAUUAUUCCAUGAGACAUGCGAUACCUGCCACAACUGUCUUUGUUUUGAUUCUCCGGAAGCUCUACGAAGGAUGGUGUGAUGCCGAAAGUUACUUAAACGCAUUCACUGUCUUGUUUAUGGUCACUCGGAACGCAAUAGAGUUAUGUAAGUCAACGGAAACAGUUAAAGACACUUUCAAUGGCAUUGUAAACGAUAUGCAAAAGAAAGUGCCCCUCGAGCUCUACAACAGACUCAAAAAUCCAGUAAGAUACGAAAAAUCAAGCCUCAUGUCACUUUUAACUUUGACAGGCCUUAUCGUUGAUUCUGAUUUCAGAACUUUACUUGACAAAUUUUUGAAAGAAGCGAAAUCGUACUUUGUAAAGUCGAUAUUCGUCACCCUUAAGCCAGUAGAGUCAGACAGCCCAACAACAGACGAAGCGAUGGUUUUGUGGGAAUACGUGAAGGGAUACAAGCGAAAUACAAGGAAUUCAACCGCAUCUACAGGAAGUAUUGAAGGAUUGAAUGAUCCGAAGAACUUUACCUUCAGUGUUACUGGUUUGGCUGAUUCUAUGUCAAUUAUUUCGCAGAGAAGUAAAUUUGUCAAAACUUAUUACGAAAACAACGUAGUUCCUGCAGAUUUCAGAACGAUAUCCGGCGAUACUGAGUUAUUCCAGACUCUUUCCAUCUAUUUGGUGAAAGUUUUCCUGAAAUUGCCGAUACAAUUAAAUGACAAAGCUCUUUUUAAGUUUGUAUUAGCAUAUCGAGAAGUUUGGGAGUUCCUUAAGUUCGGCCCCGAGUACAGCCCUUACAAACUGUUUUUCGACAUUGUUUUGGAGUGGAUUUCCUCAAUUUCCGGGAGAUUGAUCGAAUGGACGCAAAGAGCAGUCGACAUCGACACAUUCGAAGUUGACAAUGACAGCGAGAUGACUUCCACUUCAAUUGGAGACUUAAUGACGAUGUUUUCCCAAUCAUUUUCUUUUGUCAAGUCAUUGAAGUGGAAAAACAAGAAUAUCGUUGAGAUCAUACUUACGUACAUCGCAUCCUGUGAUGGUUGCUUAAGGUUGUACACGAAAUUAUUGACUUAUCGGAUCAUAAAAUAUUUUCCUAAAGAUAUAAUCGUCAAAACUACCGAUAACCAAUAUGUUUUGUCCGCGAUGAAGCAAGUUGAGAGCUACAACAUCGAAUCCGCGACUCCUCAGCAGAUGUAUGUGAUGAUCAACGAUUUUUCCAUGAUCAAACCGAAAUGGGAGUGUUUUGUCCAGAAUUUCCGACCAUUAAUCGGUGCAGCGCCUGUCCCAGAACAUCUAUUAGACCCUGUCCCAUAUGUCUACGAUAUAAUGAAUGUAAUUCCGUCACUUUUUUCAUCGUUAAUUGAAUACGAAGUUUAUGACUAUGUUUCCAAGCGAUUAUGGGUCGAGAACUCAUCAUUUAAGAAGAUCUUUAUCAAGAAGGCAUCGAAGAAAGUAUUACAUCCUGAGUUCAGCAGCCGCGGAUCAAUGUUUUUCAAUGAUUUGUUCGAAAAAUGCACCCAAUUCAUUGAAACAAGAGCCGACCAAUUAGUUAACCACAUCAGCAAAGAGAACAUGAUGUCAAUGCUCGGUGGUUUCUUCAGUGGUUUGGACGCGGGAUUGAUGAAUCUGAUGAUUUCUGAAGAACCGAUAAAACACAAAAGAAUUGUGACAAUUAUGAAUUUCAUCCAGGAUGUUUUGGCAACAUUGUUUGAGCCGAUGAAAGAUAAUUUCGGUGUAACUGCUUCUUUGUACGUGAAGUGGGCGUGGAGAUCGAAAUUGUUGCUGGACAACAUCAACAUUGAACCUCUCAACUCUGUGACAAAAAUGAAUACUGAGUCUGGUCAAAGAGGUUUGAUUUUUUAUAUAUUGAGUAGAUCGUAUACAAAUGAUAGAUACUCUGUGUACUCUGCACAACAGAGAGAUUUGACUUAUAUAGGAAUGAGAUUCUCUUCUUUAUUAUAA